AUGGCGCCCGGGCAGCUCCCCCGCCGGGCCGCCCGGGGGUCCCUCCGGCCGCACGGUCCGCUCCGGGAGCCCCGCGGAGGAUGGGCUGAGCUGGGCGGGGCGGGGCGGAGCGGGGCAAUGCGCGGGGCCCCGGCGGCGGCCGGAGCGUGCGGGCACCGCCGGCCCUAAGGGCAGCUCGCCCUGCUCGGCUGCGGCCGCUGCCAUGAGCGGCCCCCCCAGCCCGCAGCCCCUCGGCGCCGGGGGCGCGGGGCUGGACCUGCUGCGCUGCCCCUCCUGCCUCCUGCUCCUCUGGGAGCCGGUGACCGUGUCCUGCGGUCACUCCUUCUGCAAGCCGUGCCUCGGCGGGGCCGGGCUGUCCCACUGCCCGCUGUGCCAGGAGCGGCUGGAGCUGCGGGGCGUCGGGGCGGCGAGGAGCAGCGUGGUGCUGUGCGGGCUCCUGGAGCGGUGCGUGGAGCGGGAGCGGCUCCUGGCCGGGCUGGCGGAGCGCGCCCGGGACCGCCUGACCCGCGGGGACGCGCGGGAGGCGCUGAGGAUGGCGCAGAGAGGGGUCGAGCUGGCCCCAGACUCCAGCUCCCUGCGGCUGUGCCGGGCAGAGGCAUGUGUGGCACUGGGGCAAUAUCCACAGGCGCUGGAGGACCUGGACACUGUGUGCAGGGCAGAGCCUGGAGAGCAUGAGGCCUUCUUCAGGAAAGGGAAGGUGCUUCUGGAGAUGGGACAGAGAGCUGAAGCCCUACUGGUGUGGGAACAUUGCCUGACACUCAGUCCCCAUUUCCACCCUGCUCGGAGAGAGAUGGAGAAGAUCCUCGUGCAAGACAAUGCUCCUCAGCCUCUCACAGCUGCUGCACACCAGGGUGAUGCUCUCCUGAGCUCAGCUGGUUCCCAGGUCAAUGGAGGGAGCCCUGUGCUCCUAUCGUCUUUCACACAAGCUCAGGAUCAGGAAGGAGAGCUGGCAGAUGGCAGAGAGGACGCUGUGUCUGAGCACAGCCUUUCCCAGCUGGGACGACGGCAAGAACUGGAGAUUUCAGCAGAGAGUCAGAGCCAGGAGUUGGUAGAUAAUGGAGAGGAAACAGCAGUAGCAAAGUGUCCCCAGCUGUGCCUUGGGGAGCUGCUGAGCAUAUCUGACUUGGAGUGCUCCCUCUGCAUACGGAUGUUCUUCGAGCCAGUGACAACACCAUGUGGUCACACCUUCUGCAAGGAGUGCCUCGAACGCUGCCUGGACCACCGGCCCAGCUGCCCCCUCUGCAAACAGAGCCUGAGAGAGUACCUGAAGGCUGGAAGGUAUAGCCCCACUGUGCUGCUGCAGGACAUCAUGCUGGCCACCUUCCCUGCACAGCUGGCCGAGCGCCAGGAGCUGCACCGGGCUGAGAUGGCAGAGCUCUCCAACCUGACCAAGAACAUCCCCAUCUUCGUAUGCACCAUGUCCUUCCCAGGCAUCACCUGCCCUCUGCACGUCUUCGAGCCUCGCUACCGCCUCAUGAUCCGGCGGUGCCAGGAGACCGGCACGAGGAGGUUUGGCAUGUGCAUAUAUGAGAAUGGGAAAAGUUUUGCUGACUAUGGCUGCAUGCUGGAGAUCCGGCAGAUCGAGCUGCUGGCGGACGGGAGGUCCCUGGUGGACACCAUUGGCCGGCGGCGGUUCCGGGUGCUGAGCCGCGGGCACAGGGACGGCUACCACACCGCCGACAUCGAGUACCUGGAGGACAGGAAGGUGGCCGGGGAGGAGCUGCAGGAGCUGCAGUGCCUGCACGAGAGCACCUACCGCCUGGCUCAGCGGUUCUGUGAGCACGGAGACCUUACCUCCAGGCACAUUUUGAUGCAGCAUGGGCCACUGCCAGAGAAGGAAGAGGACAUCCAGGCUUCGGCGGAUGGCCCGACGUGGUGCUGGUGGCUCAUCUCCAUCCUGCCCCUCGACCCGUCCUACCAGCUGAACCUCUUCUCCUGCACGUCCCUGCGCGCCCGCCUCACGCAGCUGCAGCGCAUCCUGGCCGCCCUCCUGCAGCAGCCACCCGCCCGGCCCCUGCUGCCCGAGCACGGCCCCCGCGGCCGUGUCUGACCCCACGCCCGACCCCCGCCCCGAGGGGUUCUCUGUGUCACUUCGUGGGUUUGUGUGUGGUUUGACAGCUCCCCCCUCCUCCUGAAGUGACCUCAGCUCGGCAGGGCUGGGGCUGCGCCGGCAGUGACGCUACACCGUCCAUGCCACCUCUCUGAGGUGUUUGGUGCCACUGCCAAUGGAGAUACCGGGAUGGAGAGCUGGGUCGUGACUCCAGAGCCAAAAUCACUUGCUGAGCAGCUUCUUCACUAAGGAGGAUUCUCCUUAGGGCAGAGGACUGAGUACCAGGAUGGCUUCAGUUUUUGGCUCUUUCACUUCGAAGGACAACAUAAGGGUUUUGGUAGAUGGUCCUGCUUCGUGCAGCAGGUUUAGAUGCUUGGAAGAGGUGGCACUAGGGAGGCAGGGAAGUACCAACAGUUUCCCGCAGCCUUGGGAGCUGACGGAUCUGCCUCUGCUUCCAACUUUGGCCUGAUUUCUAUUUGAAAAGAAAGGUUAAAUUAAAGAAUCUGAAACUCAUGGUCCUGCUCCUAACCACCUCCAUGGCCACAUGAUGAGUUGAUGCCUCUCUUUGAAUGUGCCCAGGUCCAGGCAUCCCCUUCCCACCACUCUUCCUGGUGCUGUGCUGUGUUUGCUGUGCUGAGCUCCCCAACCCCUUUCCCUGGGAGACUGCCAGCCAUUUCCCUGACUGCUGGCUCCAGUGUUGUGAAGUGCCAUGGGAGGGGGGAAUAGGACAGCACUGGUGCUUUUCCUCUAUCUAAAGGCUGCUGUUCCAAGCCUGGCUGGGUUCAGGCUACAGGGUCGGACCUGGGGGCUGGAAGGAGCUGAGGGAGUUUGAGAGUGUCUUUUUGAGACUUUCUGCUCCUUGACUAGUGCAAUUUUCCCCUAUUCAAUGUUUCUUGUGAACUUUCUGCUCCCUCAGGAGAGAAUUGGGAUCUAAGCUGAGGCUGGACCCUUGCACUUGGGACCCAGAAUAGUUUGGGAUCCCCCAAAAAGCACAGAGUGAAGUCAAAGGGAGCCAAAUCUCUGGAGGGGCAGGGAGGGGAUAGGAUUGGUGAUUGAGGCUAUGAGCCCCUUGUCAAGGGAUCAAGUGCUUGGCUGCUGCUUGUCUCUAAACACAGGGAAAAGACUAUCCAUCUGGACAGACCCGACUUUCAUCCAUGGACAUUCUGGAGGUUUGGGAUUUUUGUCUACCAUCCAUAAUUUUCAGUGGCUUUGGGUUUGAUUUAGGAGUAACAUCUACUUAGUCAUUGGAUUAUCAUUGCUUUUAGAAUUUUAUCCCUGCUUUUCUCAAAGGCUCCACAACCCCCUCAGAGGAGUGUUGGACGUGUGUAUGGGAAAGAAAAUCAGGCUGGAGCUGCUGUGAUUCUUACUGUGUGUGUUGCUGUGCUGAGCCUGGGGUGGGAGACUUUGGGCAUAACUGGGCCCAGCUAUGGACAUAGCCUCGGAGAAGUCCCUGCCCAGGGCCACCUCCUUUCCCUCUCCUGCUCUCUCCAGGAGUGAGAAGUCUCUGUCCCUCCUCUCCAUCAAAGUGCCUCCCUGGAGCAACAGUCAGGGGGAGCUGAGGGCUUGCUCCCCAUGAACCAUAGUGAGCACAGGACAGCUGAGGACAACUCAGAGCUGCAUUUGUUCCUCUGCCUUUGAGAUGUAUUCUGCCCCUCUUUGCUGCUGUGUGUGGAGCACCAUGACUACCCCAAAGGGCCAUAUCCCUGGGAUGUCAGAUUAGGAUGGGCAGGGGUAGGUGAUGAAGGGAUUCCUCACAGUCCCAGGGCAGAUGUGUGCAGGUAGCAGGAUGACACUGAAGUUUGAGAAGUGCCUUUCUUUUCUGCAGGGUCAAUGGGAGCUCACCCAGUGACACCCCCACUCUGAGCCCCUCACCUACCCCUUGAGUUGCCUGUUCCCCAGGUGUGAGUGCUCCCUGAGGGUCCCUCCAGCAAGGGGGUGGCAUGGGGGGAUGCAGGGAGAAGUGUGGCUCUGCACCAUGUCCACACUGGGGAAGAGCCAGGGACCAGAGACACGUCCGCCUGGCUGCUCCGGGAAGGGAUUCCUGCAAAUCGCUCCAGUUUGCUUGGAGUGCUUUGUGGUUUGUAUUAGUAUCUUUGCUCUUGGGAUUAAAUUUUCUUUCUGGUCAUUGAAAUAAAGACCUUUUUUUGUCGUUGU